AUGUCUCUCUUUGCCUGGUCACUCUUCACGAAAUCAACGCAACACUUCCAACAUCGAGCGUGCCUCUCUACCUAUGGCGGUUCUAUCCAUGCGCUUGCAAUUUCCAAUGAUGGCCAAGCUCUUGCAUGUGGUGGCACCGAGGGCGUUAAACUCUGGGAUACCAGAUCACGAAAAGAACUCACAUGCUCUCCCCUUAACUGCGAGUCGCGGGGUACAGUCAGCUGCGCUGUCUGGAUCACCACAAGACUAGGCAUGGCGGAAACACUUUGUUAUGGAACCGGUUUAGGUUAUGUGGCAUUCUUGCGGCGUAGCCCAAUAGAUGAGAUUUGCGUUAGGAGACUCGGAUCGGGCUUUGAAAUUACUUGCAUGUCAUGGGAUCCGACGUCCUCCGACGCAGACAACACAGUACCUAAGUCUGUCGCAUUUGCAGACGACCGAGGUGUCUAUGCAUUUGGACUGUACGAUGGUAAUUUCAUCAAGUUGAAUGGCGACGACGGCACGGUGGUGAAGGAGUAUACCUGUAAAUCAGUGAUCGGUCACGCAGCCGUCAAUCAGAAGAGAGGCGUGUUCGUGGUCGACAACGCAGCAGACGGUUUUACGCUGUACCGACUUGACGGCAACGAGGAGCCAGUUCGAACAUUCGUAACUGCUCCUCCGAGUGUGUCAGUACCCAAACAGGUGGCAUUCGGAGCAGAAGGAAGAUUGAUUGUAGGAGGAAGCGACAAUGGAUCAGUGUAUGUAUUUGAAAGGAAGACAGGCAAGCUACUUGACACUCUUCGCCACUCCAAUGGAGGCCUGGUGCAGACCAUCGCUACCCGAGAUAUUGAUGGGCACUGCACAGUCGCCACUGCAUCACCAGCGCUAGGCCGCGGCAAAGCCACAAUUAACUUAUGGGUCCACGACUAUAGCAUAGGAAAGGCGACUCUUACCUCUAAAGAUUCCUGGUCAUUAUUACAUAUGCUGAAGCGCAUGUUUACGCUUCUGGUUCACUUGAGUGCCUUGGCGCUCAUCGUCUCCUUUCUGAUAACCAGCUACUCUGACACGGUGGUGACAUGGUCAAUAGACAUCGCCCAGCGCAUGAGACCAAUGCACAUGUUCAUCUUUCCCGCUAGCAACCCUCCACAAAGUGCAGUAUUUGAAGAAGCACCAUAUAUCCAAGAGGCGGUACGUGAAAAGAGCGACAUCUUGAUACUCCAUGAACUGGCCGAAAAGCUCAUGGAAGUCAUUCGAGAAGCAAAACGAGAUGCGGGCGAGGAUCUUCAUCAUGUAAUAAAACACGACAUCACCGCCGAAGUAGAAAGGGUCUUCCAUCAGGCAGUGCAGGCAAGAAAGGAUGACAUCAGAGGAACUCGGAGAGGACAGGAUGGUUCGGGGAAGGAGGUUAUUCUCGUUUAG